CCACCUCGUCACAUCUAUACCUUUAGAAUCCAAAAACCCCAAGCCUCCACAAAACUCCAUCGUCCCUUCCUUCCUCUUGAUCGACAAUUCCCAUUUUUGUUCAAUCCGACAACAUUCUCGAGCUUGGCCCUUUUUCAUAACCAACUUCGCGAGCUCUUCCCCCUUUCCUGCUAAGUCUACAACCAUCGGCCAUCAAAUCUCCAUCAUCUCCUUCUUCAACCUUGUCUAUCCUUGCUUUUUCGCUCCACAAAUGGCUACCUCCAACCUUAUGCCUCUAGCAAAAGAUCUUCCUUUCUGGUUUUCCCAAGUGUGUUCAAUCUGUUGACCUUCUGGUGUUUGACGCUCAGGUCUGUUCUUAUUAUGCUAAAGCUCUGAUUCGUGUCAAAGCUCGAGAGUUGUUUAUCUUCAAUUCGUCCACCUCAAGAAAAUUGUCCCCUGACUUCUCAUUUUUAUCAGACGAGAUAUCACUUUUUCUAUCAAUCAGAGGACCUUCUUAAGCUAUACCAUCUCGAUCAUUGAACUUCAGGACCUCUGUUUUCUUUCCUGAUAUCCCAUCUUCUUUUACAGGUUAUCUGUCCUCAUUCUUGACCCCCACCGCUUCUCCAAACGGAAAUCAUAACCUCUUUUCCCAUGGCAUCCACGGAUGACCAUCAUAAUCUCCUCAGCAACGUUAAUCCAAGCAAAUGCACGUGGUAGAUACUGGUGAAGGUUGAUGUUAUUUAUAGUCGGUUUGGGAACUCAAGUGGAAGUGCUUAUUACUGGGCCUGAGUUGAUGCACCCGUUUGGGAAUAUGUUUAAGGUGGACACGACAUACAUGAUUACAAACUUAGUAGUGCACGAUAGAGGUCAACUAAUUCAUAAGAAGUAUCAUCUUCGGAUACUAGAUAUGACUCGAGUAGAUGAGACAGUUAUAGAGGAACCUAUUUGCAAUGGUCGUGCUAGGAAAGAAGGAGCAUCUGACUUGAAUGAUAUUGAUGAUCUUACUAGGCUUAAUGACAUGACUGCGUCUCAGAUUGUUGCACCCAUAGCUGUGCCUACGACUGUAAACAUGAAAGGCAAGAGGAAGUAUGCUCCAAGAAGAUUUGUUGCUAUAGAUGAAACUACCAAGCCUCCUCAAGUUCAUGUGCCUUCAGUUCCUAAGCAAGUAAAAGCCAUCAAGCAGGAAAAGAAGUAGGCUAGCCUUCUGAGGAAUGCGUCUCCGAGUUAUUUACUCAUUUAAUUUAGGUCCUAUCAUGCUUGUUAUAACACUUGUCCUGAGUGUUAUCCAACAAUUACAUCAUUUAAAUAAAUUAAGUGUGGUUAGGGAGUU